AUGCAGAAAGUGUUUUCCUUGCCCUUUCUCGUCAUUCCUGUCCGCAGCAGCGAGCGCUGGGCAGAAGCCUCGCUGGCGGCGGGAGCGGUGCUGCGUGACAGGCGCAGCAAGGAGCGGUGGAAAGGAGCCAAGCUGGCAGGAGAUGCCGUGGGGACAAAGGCCAUUUUUACCCCUGAGAGAAGCUCCUGUCUUACCAGCACCGGAGAAAUUGGCACAGACUGUGACGAAAGUCAACGACCUCUUGCAACAGUGGAAGCUGUAGCUGUUCUCGAUCCAAGCAAACAAUGCUCGGUGCCUCCCAAAUUGAAGGACAUGAAAAACCAAGAGGCUGCUGUGGGUCAGAAGCUAGUGCUAAGGUGUGAAACCACUUCAGAGUACCCUGCGCUCAGAUUCAAAUGGUUAAAGAAUGGAAAGGAAAUAACCAAAAAAAACAAACCGGAAAAUAUCAAGAUCCCCAAAAAACAAAAGAAAUACUCUGAGCUUCACAUUUACAGAGCCACCUUGGCCGACGCUGGGGAAUAUGCGUGCAGAGUGAGCAGCAAACUAGGGAAUGACAGUACUAAAGCCAGUGUUAUCAUCACGGACACCAAUG